AUGACGGACUUCGUUGCGCUAAAAAGGUCUACUGAUAUGAAAUCCACAGUAAAAGCUGCGAAUCAGCUUGCUAUGAGGAAGAACAUAUCGCAUUUUAUGAUAUUUGGAGAUGAUCAGAAAUUCAUGAACAAACUAUCAGAAGCUAUUAUAAAGGAAGGUGGUUGGAAGAGUGAUGCUGUGGCUAUUUCUAAAUAUGACGAAUCCAUGGACUUGUAUUUGGCAUCAAUGAUAUGCAGCUCAUUUCUGAUUACCGCCGCUCGCUCAACUUUUGCUUUUUGGCUUGCCUUUUUCGUUCAAAAUCAAAACGCGGUAUACUAUCUGAAUGUGCCUACAAAGGAUUUGGUAAUGUGA